UCUGUCUUACGUCAGUCUCCUCGAACUAAUCAACAUUCUCACAACCCACAAAAGUGAAAAGGGAGAAAGGAAAUUGAUGCGCGCUCCGACUACAGCAUGCGUGGGAUACGUGUGUCGCUUUUAGACGCAGCUGAUAGUUUGACCGUUUCCAGUGUGCAUCUGUGGUUUCUUGAACAUCUUGUGGAGUUGUGACAGUUAUGUCAGUUUCUUCUACGUCAAAAAUCUGCUUAAUCGCAGUGGCUUUGGUACUCAUAGCUUGCAAUGUUGUGUGCAUUGCUUGGUUUUUGGUGUCAAAGGCGCAGUCAUCCAUUCAUCCAACCAAGGAAUAUAUGUAUGUAUUAAAGUUGAGCCCAGAGAGCAUGCCCAGUGUUCUUGGAAACAUAUCCUCAAAAGCACACUGCUUCCUUAAAGUGUCCAAGGACGACAGCUACACAGCACAGCUCGGUCCAGUAAAGUGGGACCAGGAGAGCAAUCCCAGGGGUAUGUCCCUGGAUGCAAACGGGAAAGAUAUCAUUGUGAAUGAUGGUGGAUACUACAUAGUGUUUGCACAGGCCGUAUUCAUGGGAGGGAACUACACUGGAGAAGGCUCUAGUCUACGGCUCCAGCUGGACACGAACGAUGACACAGGCCACCAGUUCGCCGUAGUCUGGGACGAGAGAGAGGUCAAGCAUGAGCAGAUGCUGCGGCUGAGUUUUCUGGUGCUGGUGGAGCUGAGGGGAAAGCAGUACAUACGUGUGCAGGCCAGGCACCGGAACAGCUUCAUCUACAACACACCCAUCUCCACCUUCCUCACAGUCAUCAGGUACGCCAACCUGCAGGAUGCCACAAAUGGAAAAUCCGUACACAUUUGACCCUAACCAGCCUCAGGGUAAGGGUUCACCAGCUUCCAACUCACUAUCUGAACUUGUCAUGGGAGGACAUAUUCACCUGCGUUCUCCCUAUUGGAGACCUCUCUGCUUGCCUUGUUGGUGUCCAUGUGACCGCUGUGACAGGACAGUUUACUAUGCACAGAAUACUUGUAGAAAAUAUGAACAUCAGUCAUGCCCUUUAUUAUUGCACAUUCCACAGUACUGGUCCUUGGUUUAUCAGGUAUCAUGGAACUUCAAGUGCCCUGAAUUGUCAAUGUACAUAGUCAGUAUAGCUAUGAUCAGCUCUCAUUAUUAUUUGAAUGGCACUUAGAUUUUAACACAAAUUUAUAGUUAUAACAUUAAAUUAUCACACUUUAUCAUUUUGUUUCCAUUGAUUUCUGUGUUGUAAUUCAUCAGAUCUAAACAAGCUAUAUUGAGGGAAUCUUUAAACCAAAUAUAUGUACAGAUGUAUAUGUAUAUGAACUUAUUGUAAGUUGUUUUUUUGUUAUUUAUCUGGACAUUUUAUUUGGCCUUUUAUCACUGUUCUUGGGUCUAUUCUGAGCUCACACAAGCUCAUAAAGAAAGCAUUGUACAAUAUGUCCCUAAAAUCAUGUAAACCAGUAACUGGUACACAUUGCAUUUGCUCUGAAAGCUACUGACCAUAUGUAUGCUAUCCUAUUGUGGGCCAUUUCCACAUAAGUGGAUGAAAGUCAUUUAUGGAAAGGUUACACACCUAAAGCUGUUUUUUUUUUUUUUUUGUGAAUCCCGUUGAGCAGUUAAACUGCACAUUAUCUAACUUUCUAGGGAUGAAGUUUUGCCAUGAUUGCACAAAGACAAAUGUGUGCAUUUGGGUACUUUGUUCUCAUCCAAGGAAAUAGGUGUGUUACAAAGCUUUCACUUACACCUUAAUUUUGUAAGUAAAUGUGGAAAAAGAGUGAGCGCACAUUUGGUCUUUGAUCUUACAUUCUAAAGAAACACAUGUAACGGCAGCUUUAGAGGACGUGUGUGAGAACAACUCUUGUGAUAAAACAAAGAUGAUUCAUGUUUCAGUUACUCGCCCACAUAUCACACACUUCAAUUGCCUUGACUUAGACAAAGUGUUCUUAAAUUAUAUGUACUUUUGUAGUUUUUUGUGGACGGCGUUUUUUGUUGAAUGUAUUUCAUUUAUGAGGAACUACUGUUCCAGGAGAAUAUAUUUGUAAUUAUCUAUUUAUAUCUAAAUUAAAAAAGCUGUAAUACGUUUACUAACUGUAUUAAUCUGUUGCAAUACUGAUUCAGUGUAUUUAUGUAUUUAUGCCCUUAUUAAGCAUGACAUCAACAAUAUAUAAUUUGUAUAACACA